AUGUAUGCCCCUUGGCAAGAGGCUCUUGCCAGCCCAUGUACGAAUAAAAGAAUAAACGUUUGCGCUAGCUUUUCUGGAAGAAUAGAAGGCUACUCUUCUAGGUGUGAGGGUGGCAAAGGUCAACCGCAACCAGAGCAUAACGCAGCCAGUAAUAGUAGGAUUGACUCUCUAUCGCCCUGCAACCGUGAAAGGUUCAAUGUGGGGUUCGUCAACUUUCGCUCUAGUGUCUUGGAACUGCGUCAUUUAUACGAUCCUGCAUCUGAUGUCUCUUGA